AGCCAAGGCCUGCGAACCUGCUAGCCAUUACCUGCGAAGCUGCUCACUGAAUUUCGUUAUUUAAACCAUGUUAGCGGCAUCUUUAGUUAGGAAGAUCAUAACUCAAUUUGCUUCAGUUCAGAACUUGGGCUACUACAAGCCUACAACGGUUGUAAUCCCCAUGGCACCGAGAAGAAUUGAUCAUGUGGCAUCGAAACCAGAAAUGUGGAAGCAUUUGAAAGCGAGGGUGGAAGCCAAACGACUAAAAGUAGAGAUGGGAAAGGUAAGGGAAGAUCAAGAAUGCUUAAGAGUUGAGCAGAGAAAUUUAAUAACAAGGUUUGGAGAGAUUGAGAGGCAAUACGAUGAGCUGAAACAAGAAGCUGAGAUGAUUGCCAAGCAAUCAGCCUUGGCUCGAAUCAAGCAGGGUCUCAUGUUGGGAAUCUUAAUAGCUCGUGACGGUGGACAUUUGGUUCAAACUGCUAUUCUUACUCGCUUCCUUGUUGAAAUUGUUGCCAUGGAAAAAGCAAGUGCAAUCUUGGCCGACGUCGAAGAUGAAGAAGAUCCAUAGAAAACAAAUGCAAUGGAGUUUCUUCGAGCAGAACUUCGGUGAUUUUUAAUUUUUAUGGAGUCUAAUGCUGCGGUGUUUUGGUGCUUACGGGCGUUCCAAGGGUGCUUGUUUUUACGUGUAUGUUGAGUGUGUUUUUGGAUUGGAGAGGCAUUUUUUAUAGGUAUUUGGCUGCCUCUCCUUAAAAUAUUUCGUUUGUUUCAUUUUCUAUUUAUGAAAAAUUAUUUUCUAAUGUUUAGAUGAAUUUAU